AGCUCGUAUAUAGUCGACGCGAGUGAUAAGCACUAUCAUACACAAUACAACUAUCGUAGCUAUCGAAGCAACUCGUGCACUGAUAAGCUGUAAACAAUAACAAUACUGAUCGACCAAAAUGCCUCGCUGCGAAAAGAAAACCGCAUCCUCCAUGAAGUGCGACAAAUCCGGAUGCUUUUGCAUCCCAACUGAUGGCAAGCCUUGCAUCUGCGUUUGCGAGGAUGCAUCCGGCAAGAUCAUCCGUUGCGACGACUGCAAAUGCGUCGAAGAGGACUGCAACUGCAAGUGCGUGGAUUCCGAAUGCGUUUGCAUCCCUUCUAAAGGAAAAUCCUGCAUUUGCGUAUGCAAAGACGAAAACGGAAAAAUUGUAUCAUGCGAUGACUGCUCGUGUACUACUGAAUGUGAAGUGAAAUGUGCCAAAAAAUGCGACAAGAAAGGAUGCGUCUGCAUUCCAACCGACGGCAAAGAUUGCAUCUGUGUCUGCGAGGAUGAAGCUGGCAAGAUCAUCCGUUGCGACGACUGCAAAUGCAUCGGAGAUUGCAAGUGCAAGUGUGACGAUAGCAAAUGCAUCUGCAUCCCAACUGGUGGAAAGUGUUGCAUCUGCAUUUGCAAGGAUGCAAAAGGUGGCUUCAAGCGAUGCAAUGACUGUUGCUGCUCUGUUAAAGUAACUAAAGAUGGUUGUGCCAAGAAAUGCGACAAGAAAGGAUGCGUUUGCAUCCCAACCGACGGCAAGAAUUGCAUCUGUGUCUGUGAGGAUGAAGCUGGCAAGAUUAUAAGUUGCGACGACUGCAAAUGCAUCGGCGACUGCAAGUGUAAGUGUGACGAUAGCAAAUGCAUCUGCAUCCCAACUGGCGGAAAGUGUUGCAUCUGUGUUUGCAAGGAUGCAAAAGGCGGCUUCAAGCGAUGCGAUGACUGUUGCUGCUCUGUCGAAGAAUCCAAGACUGGUUGCAGCAACAAAUGCGACAAACAAGGAUGCGUCUGCAUCCCAACCGACGGCAAGGAUUGCAUCUGUGUCUGCGAGGAUGCAUCCGGCAAGAUCAUCCGUUGUGACGACUGCAAAUGUAUCGGAGACUGCAAGUGCAAGUGUGACGAUAGCAAAUGCAUCUGCAUCCCAACUGGCGGAAAGUGUUGCAUCUGCGUUUGCAAGGAUGCAAAAGGUGGCUUCAAGCGAUGCGAUGACUGUUGCUGCUCUACUGUAGAAACUAAAGAGGGCUGUGGAAAAAAAUGCGAUAAGAAAGGAUGCGUCUGCAUCCCAACCGACGGCAAGAAUUGCAUCUGUGUCUGUGAGGAUGAAGCUGGCAAGAUUAUCCGUUGUGACGACUGCAAAUGCAUUGGAGGAGGAUGCGUUUGCAAAUGUUUAGAUUCAAAGUGCGUCUGCCUACCUACAAAGGGCAAAGCUUGUAUUUGUGUCUGCAAGGAUGAUAAAGGUGCGUUCAUAACAUGCGAUGAUUGCACUUGCUCUACAGAAGGGGCUUCAGCCAAAUCUGGAUGCAGCGGUUCAAAAUGUUGUUAAAAAUGUACAAACGCUCGUAUUCACAAUUAUGAGGUCUCACAGUGCGCGUGGACGCACAGGGUGACACGGACCAAUCACAGAGCUGUAUUCAACGCUGUGCGUUCAAUUUGUUGCUUUACUUAAGCAAGCAUCGUUUGUGAAUACGGGUGGAAUACGGAAUAUUGUAUAAAUUGUAUGAUUAUGCUUAUUCAACUAUUUUAUUGGAAAUGCAUAUUGUGAUUUAACCCUGCCUACUAUUGUUUUAUAUUAU